CGGGGACGCGAGCCAAGGAGGAGACGCCACCCCCGGGCUGAAGCAAGCCGCACCUGAAGAAGCCGACUCUGGGGAUCACCCGCAUCCUAGAAUCUUCCCCAGGUGUGACUGAGGUGACUAUCAUAGAGAAACCACCUGCUGAACAUCAUAUGAUUUCUUCAUGGGAACAAAAAAAUAACUGUGUGCUACCUGAGGAUGUGAAGAAUUUUUACCUGAUGACCAAUGGCUUCCACAUGACAUGGAGUGUGAAGCUGGAUGAGCACACCAUUCCAUUGGGCAGCAUGGCAAUUAACAGCAUCGCAAAACUGACUCAACUCAACCAGUCUUCCAUGUAUUCACUCCCAAAUGCACCAACUCUGGCAGACCUGGAGGAUGAUGCACUUGAAGCCAGUGAGAACCAGCCAGAGAAGCCUCACUUUGAUUCUCGCAGUGUGAUAUUUGAGCUGGAUCCUUGCAAUGGGAAUGGGAAGGUUUGCCUUGUCUACAAAAGAGGGAAACCAGCGUUAGCGCAAGACGCUGAGAUCUGGUUCCUGGACAGAGCGUUAUACUGGCAUUUUCUCACCGAUUCCUUCACUGCUUACUAUCGCCUGCUCAUCACGCACCUGGGCCUGCCACAGUGGCAGUACGCCUUCACCAGCUAUGGCAUUAGCCCACAGGCCAAGCAGUGGUUCAACAUGUAUAAACCCAUCACCUACAACACAGACCUACUUGCAGAAGAGACCAACUGCUUCGUGAACAAGCUGGAUCCCAGCAAAGUGUUCAAGAGCAAGAUCAAGACCUUAAUCCCCAAAAAGAAAGGGCCAGUCCAGCCUGCAGGUGGCCAGAAAGGGCCCCCGGGUCCUCCCUCCACCUCUAAAUCCUCUUCUAGCCCUGGAAACCCUGUCCGGAAAUGAGCACCCCAACCUCCCCGCCAGCCCUACAGCAACGAUUUCCAUGCACAGAUGGCCCAAGCCUCAGAUUCUG